AAGUCUGGAGCAGAAGCAGAACUGGAACUGGAACGGUCUUCUCGUGCAUUACGGAGCCGCAGAGUGGGAACACGUCGAGGCUGGCUGUCGAUGAGUUGAGCUGAAAGGACGACGACGACGACGAGGAGCUUCGUUCGUUGCCAUGGCGGGCAAUGUCCUCGUCUCGAGCUCCCAAAUCGGCUGGCUCACCGUCGGGGCAACGAUGAGGCCCGUGCGUCGUGAUGUCUAUGCCGGAACCCGCUGCUCAGCUUUCUUGGGGUGCGUGAAUUGCUUCCAUUCCGCCGGUAGAAGCAGGAGGAGAAGAGCCGGGCCCGGGGCCGGUGGCAGCGUUGCGGUGCGAGCUGAAAGGCAGAGCGACGGAGCAGGAGAUGGAGAUUUGGACAUUUCUGUCUUUAGAUUCACUCUCGGAAUCCCCGGACUUGAUGACUCCGACUUGCCCCGUGUUCUCGGAAUCUUGUUCGGAGGACUGCUCGUACUCAACCAUGCUUUCAGUCUAAGCUCCAUGACUGCGGCCCAGCUGAGAUCGGAGGCGGUCGGCCUGUUCCUGGCAGCCCUAUCGAUAUCUCUUCCAGCAAUAAACCGGCAAUUGAAUGGAGGAGGAGGAAGAUCAAGCAGCGCAGGCAAGCCCAACGAGAAGCAGCUAUUUGCGUUGGCAGACGGCCUGAGUGACUCGCGGAGGCAAGAGCUCGCUUGGGCAUCAUACACACUGCUGCGAAAUACGGACUCUACCGCUUGUCUCAUUUGGCACUCGGGUCGAGUCGUCUGCGUCAGAGGCUUCUGGGAGAUUCCGGACGUGGACGAUCUGAAGUCCAAGAGUUCUGCCCUGGCGUGGUUGGAUAGCAAACUGUUGUCGAACCGUUUUGCUGAACUACAGGAACCUCUGUAUAAGCCAAACAAUGCCGAUGUGCGAGGUCUGGAGAUCAUUCCUCGAGGAUCGGCUUGCUUACUGUUGCAGCCCUUUCCAAACUCUACAAACACGGAAUGGAAAGGUGCCGGCCAGGGUUUUCUUCUCGUCACCUCAAAAACUCCGCAGGCAUACAGAAGAAAAGACAGGUUAUGGAUUGAAGCCAUUGCGAAGAAGCUUUCUGAAGUAUUACCCCAAUAACAUUGACAAGCAAAUCUGCACUGUACAGCAUCACGUUUGGAAAUAAAUGAGGACAUUGUAACCAUUUGGGCCAUAGUGUCCAAAAACCAGCUGACGGCUACAAUUUUCCCGGCGGUUUACUGUCAUGGUGAGACUUGAGGGGAACCAGUGUCCCCGAUGAGUGAAGGCGAGUCCCCGGAUGCCAACGUUCCUUGUGUUUACUAGACGAUUCCCGUCAGGCUUGCUGAGCACGUCGUGAAAACUGCAUCACAGUGGCCUCUGUCGAAGAAUUUACAAUAUUCACAAUGACUAUACAAAUAUCUUGCCCUUGGGAUCUGCGCCAAGCC